AUGGAAGUAGAUGUUCCAGUAUCAGUAGCUUAUGAUUUCUACUUGGAUCGUGAAUCUUUCCCUAAAUGGAUGCCUUUUAUUUCAUCAGUAGAGGUGUUGAAAGAUAAGCCUGAUCUAUCACGUUGGUCACUCAAAUACAAUGCUUUUGGUCAAGACAUUAAGUAUUCUUGGCUUGCUCGGAAUCUACAGCCUACUCCUAAUCAGAAAAUCCAUUGGAGAUCUCUUGAAGGUCUUCCUAAUAAAGGGAGCGUUCGGUUCUUCCCUAAAGGUCCUUCAUCGUGCAUUGUAGAACUAACCGUAUCAUACGAAGUCCCCGCGCUUUUAACUCCCGUGGCAUCGGCGCUUCGGCCAUUUUUAGAAAGGUUGCUUAGAGGUGGACUUGAAAGAUUUGCAACCUUGGCGAAAACCACUUGA